AUGUAAACAUCACCACCAUUCUCAUAAAAUUACACCAAUCCUUUAUUGAUGAAAGAUGAUGUAGGUAAGUCUAAACCUUCAACAUAUAAUCUCCCUAAUUAAGAUUUUGUCUAUGGAUAACCUUUAACAAAAGAUAAAGAAGGAGCCAAAGAAGGUAAAUAAACAUCCUUACUCAGUUACAAUGACUUGGAAAUUCCAUAAAGUAUCACAAGAUCAAGUACCUAACCGAGAUUUUACUGAAUUAAACAAAUAGUCUAUUCAUAAUGGAUUUGUCAAAGCACAUGUAAUAUUUAGAAUAUAUUUAGGAUAUGUAUAAAUUUAGAUAAACCAAUGAUGCCAGAUUAAAAAUUAAAAAAGGUACCAACAUACAAGCUAUAGAAUUACCAGAAGAAGAAUUCAGAUAUGGUCGUAAAAAUAGGUAUAUUUCAUUUUAUUAUUAUUAGACCAUCAACACCAAUGAAAUUAGUUAUGGGUAAUUCUUAUGGAAUUUAAGCUGAAUCCAUUAUAUUAGAUAAAUAUUAAUGUAGAGCAAAUUCAUAAGUAACAACAUAUUAUAUUAAUAAAGGAUUCUAAACUAUCUUCAUCAAUUGUAAAAGGUAAUAAAGCAUCUUAAUUAUAUUAUGAUACUAAUCAAAAAAAAUUAGCAGCUAUCUAAGGAAUUGAAAAAAAAGAACCUUUCAAAAUGGAAAAGUUUAAAACUGUAAAUUCUAAAAUAAGUACCAAUUUAUCAACUAAAAAAUGA